CUUCCACUUUCCCUCCUCGGUUGGGAGCAUGUUCUGUAGUUCUCAGAAAAACCGUCGUCGACGAAUCCGCGUGGAGAGGAACAAUUUUCUCCACGCAUUGCGGCGUUACAGAUAGAAUGUGCUCAUCUUCCACCUUCCCCAAUAUUUUUGGCAAAAGAAGAGAACUGCCCUCGAAUCCCUCCCUCUUCGUCGUCGAUCUCGCUGCUUAGGUUUCCGGCAAUGUCUUCGAGAGGGAGUUCCGGGGGCGAUGGUGGGUCAGUAUCGCUGGCGGCCCUCAUGAAGCGGGAGAAUUCGAUUGAGAAGAUGGAGAAGCCCGACAUCCUCUCCGGACUCGCUAGCCACUGCAAGAAGGGAGAGGACUUCGCAUUGCUCAAACCCGACUGUCAGCGUGUCCACGGGAAUUGCGUCAGCACCGUCUCUGUGUUUGGGAUAUUUGAUGGUCAUAAUGGAUCGGCUGCUGCUAUAUAUGCUAAGGAGAACCUUUUAAACAAUAUUUUGCGUGCCAUUCCUUCACAUAUUGAUAGAGAUAAAUGGCUAGCAGUUCUUCCCAGAGCUUUGGUUGCAGGGUUUGUUAAAACGGAUAAAGAUUUCCAAGAUAAAGCACAAACUUCUGGAACAACUGUUACAUUGGUAAUUAUAGAUGGGUGGGUAGUAACAGUAGCAUCAGUUGGAGAUUCCCGUUGUAUUCUGGAAUCUGAAGGUUCGCUUUAUGUUCUUUCGGCAGAUCACAGACUCGAUGUUAACGAAGAAGAGGUGGAGCGUAUUACUGCGAGUGGGGGUGAAGUUGGUAGACUGCAUGUUGCUGGUGGAGCGGAGAUUGGACCCCUCAGGUGCUGGCCAGGCGGCUUGUGUCUUUCAAGAUCAAUUGGAGACAUGGAUGUCGGUGAAUUCAUUGUACCUAUUCCUCAUGUGAAGCAAGUAAAUUUAUCAACUACAGGUGGUCGACUUAUUAUUUCGAGUGAUGGUGUAUGGGAUGCUUUAAGUUUUGAAUCAGUUUUGCGGUGUUGUCGUGGGCUUCCACCGGAUGCUGCAGCCAACCAAAUUGUUAAAGAAGCUGUUCAGUUUAAGGGACUAAGAGAUGAUACCACCUGUAUAGUUGUUGACAUAUUACCAUUAGAAAAAAUAUCUCCUCCUGUUGCACCUCCGAAGAAGCAAGGAAUGGGUGUAUUUAAGAAAAUGUUUCGCAAAAAGUCAUCUGAAUCAUCAUCUCAUCACUUCAAUGAAGAUUAUGCUGAGCAAGAUAUAUUUGAGGAACUGUUUGAAGAUGGCUCUGCGGUGCUUGCACAGAGGUUGGACUUGGAUUAUCCAAUAUGCACCAUAUUUGGUCUUUUUGCUUGCGCGGUUUGCCAGGUUGAUAUAAAACCUGGUGAGGGUAUUUCUGUGCAUGCAGGCUCAUCAAAAUCUGGAAGCAUCCAUCCCUGGGAUGGCCCGUUACUUUGCACAAGUUGUCAGGCUAAGAAAGAAGCCAUGGAAGGCAAAAGACCUUCAAGAGAUUCAUCUAAAAAGAAAGAUGGAAGUGAAUAGCCAGUUUUCCUUAUAAUUUGUGGUGUUCCAUUUUUAUAAGCACCCAAGCAGUUCUGCUGAGCUCGCAAAUGAGAUUUCUUCCACAUUACAUAAUCAACAAGGGAAUUAAGAUUCAGUUGUAACACCUGCUGCUUCCAGACGGCAUCAUUAGUAUAAAAUCACAAUUUUUUUUCCAGGCAGAAUGCUAAAAUUGGCAUUUUUAUGAUUCAGUAACUUCAGAUUUUUUGGGCUAGCAGAUUUUUAUAUUCCUUUGUGGAGCAAAGCCAUUUCAGCUUUAGGAAUGAAGGCUUUGAAUGAUUUAAUUGAUUUUAGAUUAAUUGUCAUGUAAAUGUAUCAUUUUAUAUAGGUAUAAGUGAGAGCAGAAUAAAUUUGUAUUAUUUUUAGUACUUGGCUUUCUUAAUGUCAAACUUACAAGAAAUGA